AUGACGGCAGAGACCACAGAUGGGUCAGAGAAGAAGAAGCGGAAGAAAAAGAAAGCAAUUGCAGUGAGCAGCAUCAGGAUCGUUGAUGAGGACAACACAGGCUUUCGCACUGGCCCAGCAUCUCAUCAUGCAGAAGAUGAUGACGAUGAUGAAGAUGCCCCGGUGAUUGCCAAUCCUGGAGAAGCUGCGCUUGCGCAGCGCCUGGCUGAAAGGGAAAAAGCAGGCUUGGCCGCGCAAGGCUGGACCUCGGCAGACGCUGAAGCAAACGGCGCCAACGGAGGUCAAAGUGCAGCAGAGGCCGGGGAUGCAAAGAAGAAGGAGAAGAGGAUGUUGGACGGCACGUCGGCGGGAAUGAUUAGUGGGAGGGACCUCAUGGCCGAAAUGCAGAAAAAGAGAGAGGCUGAAAAGGAGCGGUUUGCAAAGCUGGGUGCCGCAGCGGGGCGCAAUGCAGAGACGGUGUACAGAGACAAGCAGAGUGGCAAGCGUGUGGAGGGAGGUGCGGCCGAGCUGGAAGCGCUGGAGGAGUCCCGCAAGAAGCCCAAGUCUGAGACGCCUGCCUGGGGCGGCGGCAUUGCCCAGAUGCGGGAGAGGGAUGCGCGCGCGGAGGAGAUGCGGCGGGAGGCGGCCAAGCCGUUUGCGCGCACGGCGGAGGACGUGGACAUCGACCGCGCGUACCGCGAGCGCACGCGCUUUGGCGACCCCAUGGCGCACUUGGUCAAGAAGCGCCAGAAGGACGCGCCGCCGCCGCCCGUCGUGCCGGAGCACAUGCGCAAGCUCAUGCGCAAGUCCGGCUUUGUUGUGCCCCAGGAAGUGCCGCCGCACAGCUGGCUGAAGCGCAACAUCGGGCCGCCUGUGAACCGCUAUAAUAUGAGGCCUGGUCGCCACUGGGAUGGCGUGGACCGCAGCAAUGGGUUUGAGGCCAACAUGUUCAAGACCAAGAACGAGCUGGCCAGCAGCAACAACGAAGCCCGCAUGUGGGCGCAGUCCGACAUGUGA